UAUUUCCCGCUGUUUCCCCGUUUACGGGAAUUACUCAAACUCCAAGCGGUGGCCACUAUUGUGCGCUCAGUUUACGAGAGUCUUGAGGCCGGCAAACGGGACGUCAGGGUAGACCCGGAGAAGAUCAGAGCGAUACUGCGCCGACUCAGAGACCAAAUACAGUACCCCAUAAACACUGAGCAGAAAGUGAACGAGUUAUUUACGCAAACCCUGCGGGAAAACGGCGUACACAACGAGUACGAAGUGAGUAUGAGCGAGGUGAUGCGCGUCAAACGAGACAUUGGGGCCAAUUUGGCCGGUCUGGAGGACCAGGUGCUCGAUCAGGUGGCCCGAGCCCUAGAUGAAGCACUAGAGCUCGAGCGGCCCCAAUGGCUCCGGCCGUUGACCGCCCAUUGGAUCAGAUACGGUGAGGAGCAGAAACUGGUCCAUCAUUUACAGCGACAUAUGGAGCUCCGGCUGGUGGCAAAGUUAGCCAGAUUUGGACAGGGGUGUAGAAAUAUGGGCAUGGUGUUUAGUGAUGAGCAAAGCGAUGGCGAUGAUUUUGCUGAAAACGGUGCAAAUGAUUGGAUACCGGCCGCUUAUUCCCAGUCCAGUCAGUGUCGCACCUAUGGGGGCGUGUGUCUGGUGCCCCGUAUAAAAAAUGUUAACCCACCUGCACCUGAUCAGACUAGAUGUGCCAAUAGUGUUGCUACUGGUAGAGGUGGACAGGGAAUGUCCAAUAGUGCUAGCGGGCAGAGCUCGAGCACUGGUGGUGGUGGUAGCGGUAGUGACGAUGACAAACGUGGUAAAGGCCAAUUUGUGCCCCAUACAACAAUGAAAACCAAACAAGGUGUUCACGUUAAGAUCGGCCCGAGUAGUCGGCCAAUGAUUCAUACGCCCCGUUAUAGCACACGUAAGGCGGCCCGGGAGGCGGCCGAGAAAGCCAGCAAAAGUCAACAACACCGUGUGCUCAAUCACAACGAUCCUAGUAAACAGAAACAACUGAGCGGCCAAAAGUUGCAUGAUCAUCACAAUAAAAAUUUGAAAGGUGAUAAAAAUCCUUACUUUCACGCCGUAGACUCCGAAGGCGAGAAAUUGAACGAUGGGCAAACAAAAAAAGGCAGAAAAAGGGCAGAAAUGUCUGUUAGCGUUACCCAAGAGACACCGACACGGAGGUAG